AUGACAGACUAUGAACAAAUUCAAAAAGCUUGCCGACUUGGAGAUUGCGAGCUCCUCACAAAGAUCCUCACCAAAUCUCCAGAAUUAAUCAACGAGCUUGACGACAAGCUAGGCUGGCCUCCUCUCUACCGCACUGUAAUCUGUGGUCACUAUGAUGCUACCAUUUGCUUAUUGAAAUUAGGCGCAGAUUCCAACAUAAAGAGCCGAGCAGGCGACACGCCCCUCCACCAAGCCGCCAGCAAUAAUCAAAUAAAAAUUGCUCAAAUUCUGCUAAAAUACAAAGCAGACCCCAAUGCCCAACAAGAUGACGGGGAUACUCCAUUGCAUUAUGCAUCCUUAAAAGGACAUAUCAACAUGGUUCGGCUUUUAUUAAAGCACCAAGCCAACCCAAACACUUUUAAUUUCUCAAUGGGGAAAACAGCUCUUCACUGUGGGGCUGAAAGUGGGGUUCUUUCAGUGGUCCAAGCUUUAUUAAGCUAUAACGCAUCCUCGACUAUUAUGGAUUUCUCAAGUAAACUACCCUCUGCUUAUACAAGUAAUGAAGAAAUCAUCAGGCUUUUAAAUGACCCUCUACAAGAUUUGCCUGAUUUAAAUUAUUCAGAUAAUGAAGGGAACUCUCUAAUUGAAAUAGUUCAGGUAGAAGAGGUAAAAAAGGAAGAAAAUAGCUCGCCAGAACCACAAGAGAACCCAAGCCCUGCUGAUAAAAUGCUGUACCCUCAAAGGGAGACUUUUUCUUUAGAGCCUAUAGAAGAAAUCAGAGUUUGCACUCUACAAGACAUUGAUUCCCCUCCAUUUGCCAAAGACACCCCUGUCUUUGAAGAAGGCAACAUAUCUAGGCCUGAAUCAGUGCUUGAGCCUGAAUGUGAAAGAUCAAGUACAAUUAGUGGAAUCCACGUAAACCAGUCAGCAAGAAAUUUUUCCUUUGGAAAAGAUAUGAGUAAAAAUUCGCUUUUCCGAUGACUUUCUAAUGCGAGGCUGGAAUUUCUGUUUGGGCCGCUGUUUCAUAGUGGGUAUGAUGAUUUAGAUUUUUUGGUGGAACAGAUGAAAUCAAAUGACCCAAUAACGACUGAGAUGUUGAGGAGUAUUGGGAUAAAUAAGCCAGGACAUAGGACAAUUCUGUUAGCAUUGCUUGAAGAAGAGUCUAACCCUAAACGACGAAAAUCUGUGACAGCAGCUUCUUCGUCGUCAGCUUUUGGGUGUUGUGCAGCUCCGAAUUUUAACCCAGGAAUCAAUGUGUAUCCAAGCCUUGAUAUGCCUAUUUAUAUAAAUAUAAAAAUCCUAUUAUUAUUUCCUAAGAAAUCCUUAUUUAUUAUAAAUAAAAAUAUAUGGCUUGAAUCUAUCAAUUUGUCACAGCUUCUCAAGAAAUUCCAUGACAGCGGAUAUGACGACAUUGACCACUUAAUGCUUCUGAUGUCUUCCAAUUAUCCUAUUACAGACGAAACGCUAAAAAAUGAUAUAAAAAUCGAUAAGCUAGGACAUAGGCAUAGAAUUCUUGCCAAGCUAAAGCAAGACUCUAAUAUAAAAGCCCCACAUAAGAGAAAUGUGUCAAAUUAUGAAUUAAGUAUUGAAAAAGAGACCAGGUCAGUCGCCUGUGAAAGGUGUAAUAUCAUGUAA